CCGACCAGGGCCGAUUCUCCGUUUUAGCAGCCAGCUCGCCGCGGCGACACCAUGAAGGACCGCACGCAAGAACUACGAAGUGCUAAGGACAGCGACGACGAUGAGGAGGUGGUGCAGGUGGACAGGGACCACUUCAUGGACGAGUUCUUCGAACAGGUCGAGGAGAUCAGAGGCUGUAUAGAAAAGCUGUCGGAGGAUGUGGAGCAGGUCAAGAAGCAGCACAGCGCCAUCCUGGCCGCACCCAACCCUGACGAAAAGACCAAGCAGGAGUUGGAGGACCUUACAGCUGACAUCAAGAAGACAGCCAAUAAAGUUCGCUCAAAAUUAAAAGCAAUCGAGCAGAGCAUCGAGCAGGAGGAGGGUCUCAACAGAUCAUCAGCGGACCUCAGGAUCCGCAAGACACAGCACUCGACGCUGUCACGUAAGUUCGUGGAGGUGAUGACUGAGUACAACACCACGCAGUCCAAGUACCGCGACCGCUGCAAGGACCGCAUCCAGAGACAGCUGGAGAUCACUGGGAGAACCACCACCAACGAGGAACUAGAGGACAUGUUGGAGAGUGGCAAGCUGGCCAUCUUCACCGAUGAUAUCAAGAUGGACUCUCAGAUGACCAAACAGGCCCUGAACGAGAUCGAGACCCGGCACACCGAGAUCAUCAAGCUGGAAAACAGCAUCCGCGAGCUGCACGACAUGUUCGUCGACAUGGCCAUGCUGGUCGAGAGCCAGGGAGAGAUGAUUGACAGAAUUGAGUACAACGUGGAGCACUCUGUCGACUACGUGGAGCGAGCCGUAUCCGACACCAAGAAAGCCGUCAAAUACCAGAGCCAGGCCCGCAAGAAGAAGAUCAUGAUCAUCAUCUGCUGCGUCAUCCUCGGCGUCGUACUGGCGUCGAGCAUCGGCGGCACGCUGGGCUUCUAGAACCCCCCGCCGCCCGCCGCCGCCGUGAUGACUGCCGCCGAUCCCGACCGACCGUCCGACCGACAGCCAGCAGAGAGAGAAAAAAAAACCAACAAAAAAACAACCAACUACAACAACAACAACAACAACAACUACAACACAAAACCAUGAAACAAAAAUGCAAGAGAGAAAACCAAUCAGCUAGGAAGAGAUAACAAACCAAUCACAGCUAAGAGGAAAAACGACAUACCAAGGGGUUGGGUGGGGUUCAAAAAAACAAAGACAAAAAAAAAACACAACGAUAAAAAUGCCAUCACAUUAUAGCUGACUUAAAUACAUAACGUAUACGAAAAAGAGGGUACGAAUAAGCCUACUAUUUAUGACAGAUGUACAUGUAAAUGUAUUGAACAUAUGAAGCAACACAUGGGUUAGCUACCUGUAAAGAAAUUAUGACCUAUAAGAUUUAAACAUUUACUUGUUUGUUUGUUUGUUUGUUUGUUUGUUUCGCCUCUUAUCAGUUAUUUUUUAGCGGUUUCUUUCAUUUUUUUCGGGAGUCUCCGAGGACAGUGAUGGUGACCGCUGCUGGGUGUGAGUUCUCCAGGGCGAGCAUUCUACAGCCACUUCUCUUUCUCUUUCUUUCGUUUGUUUUUGGCUCUUUUCCCUUUUGGAACCGGGGCGCUCUGGAACCCAAACACCUUCUCUAGAACGUUUCCAAAGCGCCCUCGCAGAACGGCGAGGCGCUCGCGGCGAGAGCGUUCGCCAACCCAGAAAUUCGCCAACGUGGGCGCGUUCUAGAACGUUCCCUAAACGCGAGUCCCAGAACACGUCUUUCCCCUGCCGGGUGUUCCCAACAAGGGAAAGACCGGUGCCCUUUCUCCGGCUCGAGUUUCAAGAGUCUGCAGUUCUAGAAAAAAAAAAAGGUUCCAGAGCGCCGCGGGGUUCAGGGCUUGGGGGUUUCCGGAACGCCGCGGCGGGGCGUCCCGGGACCGCAGCGUUCCGGAGGCACUCCGACAGGACGAGCGAGCGGUCUCCGGCUCCGUGCACAACGCUGUACAGUUAGCUAAGUAGAACCAACUUUUUCCCCCCUCGCUGCAGGGAGGGAGGGACCGGCCUCACCGUUGGCUCAGCCACGCCCCCCUCAGGCCUCCUCUCAUUGGUCGAUCACUCCUGCCAUUCACCUUUAGUCAGCCUGUCAGAUUAGCUUCGUCCAGCCAGCCCAACCUGCCACAACCAGCCAGAUUACAGCUCACAUCUGGGGGGGCGUUAUCUUACAUCCCCCGAAACGCCUGACCAAUGAGGACAGAGCACACACACACACACACACACACACACACACAUACACGCACACACACACACACACGGAGCUGUUUCGAAGCCCCCGUGAUUGGCUGGGAAACCUCUGUGGGGGCGUGUCAUUACAGUGGCAGGUUUCCAUGACAACAGCCUCCCCUUCUUGUUACCGUCCGUCCAACCAAAGAGCAGGGGGAGGGAGGGGCUCUCUGGGUUGAAUCCGAUUGGCCGGCAGCAGACAGCCUGACGUUUGACUGACAGGUGGAAGGCGGGGAGAGACGGACGGUCAAACUAUGCAGCUCAGACGCCAGGGAGACGACUCGUCCCGCCCCUCCCGUCCAGCACAGCCAAUGAGGAGCGUGG